UUUCGCGCCGGUUCCCCGCCGGCUCUUGCGUUAAGGAUCGCGGCUACCUUUGAUAGUUUCGCAAUGCGCUCCGCCUCGCCGCGGGGCUACGGGGCAUUGCCCUCCCACGCGGCCGCACCCUCUCCAAUGUCGGCGCCGUCCGCGGUCCACCGCGGGGCCGCCCUCGUCUCCAGCCUCCGUGAGCAGGGCAGGGCCCUAAUCGCGACCCAGCGCCCCUGGGGGCAGCUCCUCGACUCUGCCGCCCUCGCCCGCCCCCCCUCCGCCGGGGAAGCCAUAUCCCGGCUCCGCCGCAACCUCACCUACUUCCGCUCCAACUACGCCCUCUCCGUGCUCCUCGCCCUCGCCAUCGGCCUCAUCUGGCAGCCAGCCUCGUUGGCCGCCGCCCUCAUCCUCGCCGCCGCCUGGUUCUUCCUCUACCUGGCCCGCGACAGGCCGCUCGUCCUCUUCGACAGACGCUUCGACGAAGGCACCAUCCUCGGCGCCCUCUCCCUGGCCACCUUCUUCGCGCUCGUCUCCACGGAUCUCGGGUCGAACGUGUUCAAGUCAGUGGGGGUCGGCCUGCUGCUCGUCGGAAUGCACGCGGUCUUCAGGAUUACGGAUGACCUUUUCAUGGAUGAAAGCGAGGCCGUGAGCGGUGGAUUGGUCGCCGGCUUGGGCGGUCCGGGGCGGCCGGCCUUCGUCGUCCGGGUGGUGUAAUCGUUCCCGCAACUGUUGUGCAUGAGGCAUUGCGUUCUGGAUUCCAAGAAGGCCUCUAAGCAAUGGUGAUGACAUAAACAAUACGCUCCCUCCUUUUGCAUUUGGAUUCUUCGUCUCUGUAUUGUUCUAAUCUCAACUCAUUUAUUGGAAUUGUUGUGACACUGAAAGGUCGCUUAGUAGCAGUUGUAUUACCAACAUCAGACAAUGUGUGAUGUUAAAAUUAAUUGGAAGGAAUAAUAAGUUUUCUACAGGUCAAAGUAUACAAACUCAAGUUCAGUCUGAAGUCAACUCAAUUUCUCAGUUUCAAUGGAAGACUAUAUUAGAAGUCAACUCAAGAACUAGAGAAAAUAGUCAGUGAUCAUCAUAUGUCCGAGCAAAAGAAAUGUUAAUAAGAACAGUAAUAUAUUUAUAUUUAAUAAACACAGAAAAGGUUUACACCAGAAAAGAUUUCAACAAAAGCUCCAUCUGUAUACAAACCUUGCAUGAACAUGAAAGCUCAUUUGGGCUGCAAGGAU